CCAAAAUACAUUAUAUAUAUAUAUUUUAUGUGUUUAUUCAUAUAGUCUUUGUGUUUUACAGCGAGAGUAAAGAGAAAAGGUUAACGCUGGUAGCUAGCCGUUGUUUGGUGCAGUAUAGUUGUGAUGAUAGUCAGGGUGGAGGUGAGUUGUAAACAUGGAGAAUUCAGUGGAGUCAGCUGUGAAUGUACUGGAGUCUUACAGAGGAAGAGAUAAAGUGAUAAGGACGCUUUGCUAUGGAGCACAGCUAGUUGGUGGGGCCAUUUCCCAAAAGACGGGUAACUCUUCACAGCUCGGCAAGAGUCUCCUGCUCUUCUCGGCUCAGCUCAGUCACUGUCGGACUGUACUGCGGCUGUUUGAUGACCUCUCCAUGGCUGCUUACUCACAGAGCUAUGGUUUUGGAGCCAAGGAAGAGGACAUGUUGGUCAGAUGGAUUUCAGUUCUGAUUAACAUUGCUGAUCAGCUCUAUUAUCCAUGUGAACAUGUAGCCUGGGCAGCUGAUGCGGGGCUCAUUAAAGUCAAGUCUGACAAGUGGUGGACGCUCAGCACUGUGCUCUGGGGGGUGUCCUUGCUUCUGGGAACUCUCAGAUCUCUCCGAAUAAUCCUGAAUUUAUGGAGAAAAGCUCAGAAUUGUAGACGAGCAGCCCGUGACAGCAGGGAGGAUGCUGCUACCAGCACUGCUAAGAUUCGAAAGCAGAUUCAGGGAGAGGUUUUCAAUAUUCUCAGCAGCCUUGCUGAUCUUAGUAACGCCAUUCACUGGAUGCCACAUGGAUUUCUGUGGGCUGGCCACUUUCCCGACUGGCUAGUGGGACUAAUGGGCACCAUCUCUUCUCUGUUUGGCAUACUGCAGACCUGAUCCUGUGAAGAAAGUGCCACUAGUGCCUGAUUGCAACUAUAAAAAUCAUGAGACGCACAUACAGACAAUUUUUUUAAUGUGAAAAUUGUGCACGGUUUAAUAAAUGGAGCACUAUAGGGAACACAUGUAUGAGACCAGAUAGUGAGGUUGAGGACAAGAUGAUCCAGGACCAAAACAUCAAGUACAAAUCUCUAAAAAUAACAGAUAGAUUAAUAUAUAAGUAACUAACUGUAAAAGAAAUACACAGAGAAGUAAAAUAAUAUUGUGCCACAAAGGCUUAUAUAAAUUAUUUUCUAUGUAUGUUCUUGUACACUUUCUCACCGUCUUAUGACUUUCUGUCUGAAGUGGUACAGUAGCAUCACAGUUAGUUUAAGUAUUUUAUAUUACCAUCUAUGUGGAGUGGAGUGGUGCAUGUUCUUCAUGUGACUGCACAGGUUUUAUUCAGGUACCUCCCACCAAUUCAGAACUACUUAAUGGAUCGGCUGCUCUAAAUUGGCCGUAGGUGUGAGUGAGUGUGAUGAGAGAUUGAGUUUGUGAUUGCAUUGUAAUGGACUGGUGCAGAAUGCAUUUCUACAUGGUGUUAAGUGUUCAUAGGAGCUGGUCCCACCAUAACCAACCAAGACCCUGAUCAGGAUAAAAUUACCUGAUCGAUUUUGGUUGUCAUUGAUUGCUCUAUUGGAUGCUUGGGUGGUGUGAGCUAUUAAACCAGACCAGCUUUACUGAGCUCUGGGUUUGUACCUUAAAGUGCUAUUGGCUGGUCGGACAUCUACACAGACAUGAUUGACUAUGUCUCAUUGGUGGCUGAAACCUUUUAAUAGAUUAAUGCUCUGUCCCGGGUAUUGCGCCCAGUGUUUAUGGGUGGAACUGUGCCCGCAGCGAUCCUGAAAAUGAAAAACAAAAGAAUGAAAGAAUAAUUACUUGAAAAAAUGAUGUUUGCCACACUGAAUCAUAUUAGAUCAUUAAACAAAUCAUUACACAAAAGAA